GUUCCGCGUGUGUUUUAAGCGCGCGCGCGCGCCGGCUUCCAUGCGUUCGUCGUCGGCUUUUCGUCUCGGCCUCGCAAGAUUCAAGACUCCAGACGCGGACGGGCUCUUUUUAUUUAUUUAUUUAUUUAUUUAUUUUAAAAAAGAAUAAAGCCUUGGGAGGGCUCCGCGUCCACGCGCCUGCGCAGUGGACAGGCCCCUGUGGAGGACAUUGAAACAAAUGAAGUACAUUUUGGUAACAGGCGGUGUCAUCUCUGGGAUUGGAAAAGGAAUCAUUGCCAGUAGUGUUGGGACAAUCCUCAAAUCAUGUGGAUUACAUGUCACUUCCAUUAAAAUUGACCCUUAUAUUAACAUUGACGCGGGCACCUUCUCUCCUUACGAGCACGGUGAGGUCUUUGUGUUGGAUGAUGGAGGAGAAGUGGAUUUGGAUCUGGGUAACUAUGAACGGUUUCUUGAUAUCCGGCUCACAAAGGACAAUAAUCUGACCACAGGGAAAAUAUACCAAUAUGUUAUCAACAAGGAAAGGAAGGGAGACUACUUAGGUAAAACUGUGCAAGUUGUGCCCCACAUUACUGAUGCCAUCCAGGAAUGGGUGAUGAGACAAGCACGGAUCCCAGUGGAUGAAGAUGGGAUGGAGCCCCAAGUCUGUGUGAUAGAGCUCGGAGGAACGGUGGGAGAUAUUGAAAGCAUGCCUUUCAUUGAAGCAUUCCGCCAAUUUCAAUUCAAAGUCAAGCGAGAGAACUUCUGUAAUAUUCACGUCAGCCUAGUCCCCCAGCCAAGUUCUACAGGGGAGCAGAAGACAAAACCCACCCAGAAUAGUGUUCGUGAACUUCGGGGCCUGGGUCUAUCACCAGAUCUAAUCGUGUGCAGAUGUUCCACACCUCUGGAUACCUCAGUGAAAGAGAAAAUUUCCAUGUUUUGUCACGUAGAACCAGAACAGGUGAUCUGUGUCCAUGACGUCUCUUCCAUCUACCGGGUUCCUCUGUUGCUAGAGGAGCAAGGAGUGGUGGAUUAUUUUAGACACAGGCUCAACCUCCCCAUUGAAAAGCAACCCCAGAGAGUGCUGAUAAAAUGGAAGGAGAUGGCAGACAGAUACGAUCGUUUAUUGGAGACCUGUUCUAUUGCCCUGGUUGGCAAAUAUAUAAAGUUUUCAGAUUCAUAUGCCUCUGUCAUUAAAGCCUUGGAACAUUCUGCUCUAGCAAUCAAUCACAAACUUGAGAUAAAGUAUAUAGAUUCUGCUAAUUUGGAACCGGUUACAUUACAAGAAGAACCAGUUCGAUACCAUGAAGCCUGGCAGAGGCUUUGCAGUGCUGAUGGAGUUUUGGUUCCAGGUGGUUUUGGUGUUCGAGGCACAGAAGGAAAAAUCCAAGCCAUUUCUUGGGCAAGAAAGCAGAAGAAACCUUUCCUAGGAGUCUGUCUGGGAAUGCAGUUGGCCGUUGUGGAGUUUGCCCGCAAUAUCCUUGGCUGGCAAGAUGCCAACUCUACCGAAUUUGACCCUAAAACUACACACCCAGUGGUAAUUGACAUGCCGGAACACAAUCCAGGUCAAAUGGGUGGAACCAUGAGGCUGGGCAAGAGAAGAACCAUCUUCCAAACCAAGAACUCAGUCAUGAGAAAACUGUAUGGAGAUGGUGAUUACUUGGAAGAAAGGCACAGACACAGAUUUGAGGUAAACCCAGAGCUGAAAAACUCAUUUGAAGAGAAAGGGAUGAAGUUUGUGGGCCAGGAUGUGGAAGGAGAGCGAAUGGAAGUGGUUGAGUUGGAAGAACAUCCUUUUUUUGUGGGGGUUCAGUAUCACCCAGAAUUCCUCUCCAGGCCCAUAAAACCCUCUCCUCCUUACUUUGGCCUCCUCCUGGCUUCCGCAGGAAAACUCUCACAUUAUCUCCAGAAAGGUUGCAGACUGUCUCCCAGCCUGAAUUUUACAGGGAUACCUAUAGUGAUAGAAGUGGAAGUAGUUCCCCUGAUUCUGAGAUCACAGAACUGAAAUUUACUACAGAGAAUCAUGAGUAAACUGCUGGUGUUUUGAAAUUCUUCACUGGACAACCGUACGUCCUGAGGAUUUUGUAGAUCAUGUUAUUAUAAUUGUUUUCAUUUUUGGGAGACAUCUUAUUAUCAUUGCUUUUAUUUUUAUUUUUUUUAAAAAGAAAGUAUUCCAAGAAACCGCCAGUGCUGCUUAGUUGUGCUCAGCUGUGAACUUACAGAACCCUGAAGUGCAGAAGCUGAGAGAGGGAAGAGACAUUUCGGACACGUUAAGGAGGUUUAACAGGCCAUUGUAAAUGCUCGCAGAAGAGGCCACGCAGAAUCUCUGCUCAGGAUUUUGAUUCUUCUCCAUUGUUGGAGGGGUAGAUGACAUCCUCGACAUCUCAGCGGAAAAUCGUACCAGGCAGGCUAUCCCAAGCUUCUAAAGUAUUCUAAAACAAAACGGGUGCUACGCCUAACAUUGCUUAACCUUUGCCAAGUGUAUAGUUUUCCUGUUCACACGAGAUAAUAGCGUACUCUGAUGCUAAGCAAAUUUGGCCACACGUUCAAAGAUGUUUUGAAAAUGUGAGUGUGUUAAUUCCCCCCCCCCACUCCCGGUGCCCCAUUUUACACAUUCAGAGGAGCAUGGCUUUCUUCAUUCGAUUCCUUGCAUCGAAGGGGGGAGGGUGCACGCGUAUGAAAAAGUGACUUUUCAGAAGUUGCCUUUUGCACCUCUCAUUGAGAGCUUUGCCUUGGACUAGAAAGAAGCACUGACGGUCUUAUUUUUUUAAAGAGAGACUACCCUAUGCAGAACGAAGAGCUCCUGUUGGCCUAUGGGCUGUCCCAGGCCCCUGCUUUUACAAGGGGACGUAUAUCUCCGGGGGCACGCAGAUGCAGCCCUAGGAGAGGGAAAGGAUGAGCCUGCAGACGUGGGGGGUUGAAGAAAACCAUGGUUUACGAUCUUUUCCCAGUGCAGGUUAUAGACUACGUUUUCCAGCAAGUUAGGUGAAACAGUGUGUUAGUGCAAAUAUAUUGGAUGUACAAAUCCUUUUCAGUUCAUUAAAACUUUGGGAAAACAA